CCGCCGCCCGUGAUGAUGUCACAAUCGCGGCGGGCCCCGGCGUUCCCGGGUCGGCUUCGGGCGCCGAUCGGAGCGGGCAGCGGGCUCCUGAGUCAUGGACUUCCCCUGGCCCCUCCUCUACCACUCCCACCGCCGCGCCGGGCCCCCCCGCAGGGGCUAGCGCUCGCGCGGCGGCUCCGAGGGGGUGGGGCUGCUGGGAAUGGCUGUGCCCCCUUCGGCUCCUCUGCCGUGCUCGCCCUUUUACCUGCGGCGGCAGGCGCCGUGCCCGCAGUGCUCAUGGGGCAUGGAGGAGAAGACGGCGGCCAGCGCGGGCUGCCGGGAGCCGCCGGGCGCCCCGAGGGCCGCCGCCGUCCCUUGCUUCGGCAUAUCCGUGGACCAGGACGACAUCCUCCCGGGCGCCCUGCGCCUCAUCCAGGAGCUGCGGCCGCAUUGGAAGCCCGAGCAAGUUCGGACCAAGCGCUUCACCGAUGGCAUCACCAACAAGCUGGUGGCCUGCUACGUGGAGGAGGACAUGCGGGACUGCGUGCUGGUCCGGGUGUACGGGGAGCGUACCGAGCUGCUGGUGGACCGGGAGAAUGAGGUCAGGAACUUCCAGCUGCUGCGAGCACAUGGCUGUGCCCCCAAACUCUACUGCACCUUCCAGAAUGGGCUGUGCUACGAGUACAUGAGGGGCAUGGCCCUGGGACCCGAGCACAUCCGGGAGCCCCGGCUCUUCAGGCUCAUCGCCUUAGAAAUGGCAAAGAUUCACACCAUCCACGCCAACGGCAGCCUGCCCAAGCCCACCCUGUGGCACAAGAUGCACAAUUACUUCACCCUUGUGAAGAACGAGAUCAACCCCAGCCUUUCCGCAGAUGUCCCCCAGGUGGAGGUGUUGGAACAGGAGCUGGCCUGGCUGAAGGAGCACCUGUCCCAGUUGGACUCCCCUGUGGUCUUCUGUCACAAUGACCUGCUCUGCAAGAACAUUAUCUACGACAGCACCAAAGGUCACGUAAGGUUCAUUGACUAUGAGUACGCCGGCUACAACUACCAGGCCUUUGACAUUGGCAACCAUUUCAAUGAGUUUGCAGGUGUGAACGAGGUGGAUUACUGCCGGUACCCGGGCCGGGACACCCAGCUUCGGUGGUUGCGCUAUUACCUGCAGGCACAGAAGGGCAUGGCCGUGACCCCCAGGGAGGUGGAGAGGCUCUAUGUGCAAGUCAACAAGUUUGCCCUGGCAUCUCACUUCUUCUGGGCACUCUGGGCCCUCAUCCAGAGCCAGUUCUCCACCAUCGACUUUGAUUUCCUCAGGUACGCAGUGAUCCGAUUCCACCAGUACUUCAAGGUGAAGCCUCAAGUGUCAGCCUUGGAGAUGCCAAAGUGACCAGCUUCCCCAUCUCUCCCUUACCCAUCUGCCCGGCCAGACCUGUUCUCCAGGGCUCUGUCCUGCUCUGGGGGCCACACACUUGGACAAGGUGGGAGAGGGGACAGGUGGGUGUCCAGGAAGAAGGCUCCACCCCUGCCGCCAGCCCCCAGUGGAUGCUGCUGGAGACCACAUGCUUUUGUUUGGAGGGGCUGAUAGGACCCAGCUCUGGGGGGUCCCCUUCACCUUGCCAGACUUGGGGGGAGGGGGCUGGGGG